AUGGCUAAUAUGAAUGAUGUUGCGUCUUUGGCAGGCGUGUCUAGGGGAUCUGUUUCAAACUACAUCAAUGGCAGACCUAACCGACCUGAAAUUAAACAUAAAAUAGAACAAGCAAUUAGGGACCUGAAUUAUAUUCCUAAUGCUACCGCUCGUGCACUUAAAACGAAUCGUUCUAAUUAUGUCGUCUUCAUAUUGCCAACUGUGAAUACCCCAUUUUUUUCUGAAUUAAGUUAUUUUAUACAAAUUGAGCUGAAUAAAUUUGGCUAUAAAAUGAUUUUAUGUAACUCUAACAGCAAUUAUCAAGAAGAAAUUGAAUAUAUCGAAAUGGCUAACACGCAAAAAGUUGCUGGUGUUAUUACGAUGUCAUAUUCAGAUAUCAGUGAACUUGUUGCGCCCUCAAUUCCCCUCGUUGCUAUUGAGAAGAAAAUUUCGAAUCAAUUUCCAACAAUCGUUUCCGAUAAUUACGCUGGCGGACAUCUUGGCGCUGAACAACUUCAUAAACGUGGUGCAAAAAAACUGCUUUUUGUUUCAAAAGCACCCAUAAAAGAUGUCUCUGAAAGACGCAGACAAGGCUUUAUCGAUUAUUGCCAAGAAAACAAUUUAAGAUAUGACAUAAUGUUAGCAGAGGAUAAGCGAGACUUCAGCUCAGACUAUGAUCAUUUCAUAGAUAAUCACCUUAUCAAUGGCAAAUUUCAAUUUGAUGGUGUUUUUUCAGACACUGAUGAAUAUGCAAGUGACUUUUGGCAUCUUUUAGUCAAACACCAGGUGUUAGUUCCAAAAGAUGUUCAAAUCAUUGGAUUUGAUGCUGCAAAAAUAUAUCCCAGACAACCAAUUUUUCUCUCAGCAAUUCGUCAAUCAACAAAAAAUGGCAGAAGUUGCUGUUCAAAAAUUGCUGACUCAGUUCAAAUCCGAAAAAAUAGAUAA